AAGAACAAUCGGGAGUUCCGGUGCGGCAAAGAAGGGAAGUGACAUCAGCAGUGAGAGGCAAACCGCAGCCAACAAGCUCGCUCCAUCGCAAACGAGAGGACGCGUCCGUCAUCACAGAAAACAAGGAACUAUGUCUGGCCUUCUGCGAACCAUCUCUUGCCGUGCUGCACCCGCACUGCGUGGACACAGUGUUUGUCUCAGGGCAAAUAUCAACACUCGACCUGCCAAGGAAAAGAUAGGCGCUGUGGAAACUCUGGUUGGAUUGGGUUUGUUCUCCGUGGCCAUCCUGGGGCCAUCUGGAUGGAUCCUGGCUCACCUGGAAGACUACAAGAAAUAAUGAAUUGGACAGUUUGCCUGCCUGCCUGGCGUUCCAAGUCAAUCUUAUCCAGAUGGAGUCUUCGCCAACAGCCAUUUUCAAUCUGUUGUUGCAACAAUUUGACACCUCCAGCCCAAGUUCUGGACAGGAAAAGGUUCCAUGACGAUCGUCAUUAUCCAUCUAGUUCUGUGCAUAUUUGAUUGUAUGGACAACAAUAAAUUUGACAAAUGAA